UUGGGAAGAUCCGAGCAGUUUCCAGCGUCUAGGAGCGAUUUGUGUCGCCGAAGCGCACAGCUAGAGUACGUGUGUCGUCUAUUUUUACAGAGUGUGAGUCUGAAACGAGUGAAAAGGCGGCAGCUCCAUCUGGAGGCCCACGGUAAACCGAUGAGCGAAUUCAGUUCAGUUCCAACUAGACGGACGACAAGAAACGCGAACGCGCGCGUCAUCAACUAACUCAGUAAAUAACUUAGCAGUUAACCCAAGAAAUUAGAUGCGACCGUUUUUUGGCGUGCCGUUUUCCACUCGGUCUCGUACUGUGGAAGCGAAUAACGUGUAAAGAAGCAACAAGCAAGGGGAGUGAUUAACAAGGAAUGGUGGCAAGUACGGACGUGGACCAGCAGCAGCAACAACACCAGAAUGCAGACAUGUACUGCGGUCAAGUGCAUUCAACCUACAGGGAGUUCUACCCUCAAAAUUAUUACGUGCACCACGACACACACCCGGACAUUUGCUCCCUACCCCACGGUCCGGUGACGGUGCCGAUGGUGUCGACGAAUUCGUCGCCGCCGAUCGCCAUGCCCGUUCAAGUGCCUCCAGGUCACAUGGUCCAGCAGAUCGUCGACGAAAACGGCACCCUGCGUCAUGUAAUUUUAUCGCCACAACCGCCGCCACCCGGUUUGGUGCCGCUUCCAGGUCAACACAGUCCCAAUCACUUUGGUGCGGGACCGGCUAACGGAACCACCCGCAACCAACAAUUCUAUUCGACAAUCCCCGCAGGUAAUUUCCCCCCUCAACCGCCCCAUUUCCAUUCCAACCUUCAACAGCAUCCAAUUCCAAAUCAACCGGGUCACCUGAGCCACAGUCCGCCUCCUCCGCCGAACUACUACAAGGAUGAGCGAACGCAGAGGCAGCACAACAAACUGAAAAAGAAGUUGCACGAGAAACAGCAACAGAAGGGAGACGCCGCCGGCGUCGGCGUCUCGCCCCGGAAAGAUCUGGUCAACGGACUGAAAAGGGGCAAGGAGAAAGGGGGCGGUGAGGAUGGGGAAGAUAGUGUGGGGGAUGAAGACGACCUCGUUCAAGUUAUCACUGAUGUUUUGUCUUCCGUCCAGCCACCAACGGUGUCUGAACUGAGCUCAAGAAGUGCCUUAUUGCAAUGGGGUCAACCGAUGAAACAGAGUGAGGCCGCAUCGAGCGACACGCCUCUGGACAUCACCGAACAAGACCUUAGAUACGAGAUUCUUUUGAGUGACAAGAGCAAGGAGAUGAAGUUCAAAUCGAUUUAUAGCGGCACCUCUUUAUCCUGCAGGAUCCAAGAUCUACGACCUGGACAAGAAUACUCCGUGUGUUUGCAAGUUCAUCUGCAUGAGAUGCAGGGAUCGGCAACUGACCCCACAAAGUUUACGACCCCACCCUGCGAGCCCGAUCAGCCGCAAGUUCCGAAAAUAGUAAGCCGAACAAAGAAUUCGUUGCAGCUCAAGUGGAAUGCGGUCAAUGACAACGGUUCUCACAUCCAGCACUACAUUUUGGAAUAUGCGGAAGCGAACAAUCCCGAGUUUACGGUGAUUAAAAUUAAAAGCAAGACGCACUCAUUGCAGAAGUUGCAGCCGGCCACUGUUUACAAGUUCCGACUUGGGGCGGUCAAUGCGGUGGGUAGAAGUGCAUAUUCCGAGAUAGUUAGCUAUUCGACCCACGAUAACCCACCAACUAAACCGAAUCCACCCACCCUGGUCGAAGCCGGAGUGGACAGUUUACAUUUGUCGUGGCAAUGUCGACCGAAGGACGACGAAUUCAUUCUGCAAAAGAAUAAUCCGAAAACGGGUCACGGGUUUCUGGCCGAAUACAAUGGUCACGAAACGACGCAUAUUUGUAGAAAUUUGCAACACUAUCAGGAGUAUAGGUUUAGGUUGUGUGUGAAGAACGAGAGUGGAACCAGCGGAUGGUCGGACGAUGUUACUUUCUAUACACUUCCGGCCAGGCCGGCAAGGCCGUCGAAACCCGUUGUUAAAGGUAGGAUACAUGCGCAUUCGUUUAAAUUAAAAUGGGAGCCGCCAAGUGACAAAGGAGGUGCAGACAUUUCUAGUUAUAUUUUGGAAGUGAAUUCCGGAAGCGGAUAUCAGAUAGUUUAUAGGGGAGCGGAAACGGAGGCAGUCUGUGAUAAUCUGAAUCCGGGCACCACUUACCAAUUGAGAGUCAGUUGCAUAAGUGAAGGUGGCCAGAGCGAUUAUUCUGACCCUUGCACCGUCACCACUGACGCGAUUAGUCCUGGAUGUUGCGAUAAUUUAGAGCUGAAUGGUAAACCUAAAUCAAAUAGUAUUAGCGUUCGAUGGGGCGAACCUGCAUACAACGGAGGUGCUCCCAUAUUGGAGUAUGAAGUGGAGGUUGUUAGUCCGAAGGGUUCACAGCAAAAUCUAGUCCAGAAAAAUAAAGAAACACAAUGUGUGGCCACUGAUCUUAAUCCAGGAUGUGAGUACUCGUUCCGAGUGAGGGCGGUAAAUCGAAUAGGUCCGGGAGUGUGGACGGACUAUUUGAGAGUAACGAGCGGUCCUGCGCCUCCAGAGAUUCCAGAAAUUACACAUUUACAAUGCAAAUCUGCCUUCCAGGCGUGUUGCGAAUGGAGGGAACCUCCAACUAACGGAUCACCCAUCACAGAAUACCGGUUGGAGAUCAGUCCGGUGAACGAAGACUGUUUCACUUUGAUUUAUCAAGGUCCAGAGUUGAGGCAUGAUUUGAAGAAUUUGACUCCGUUUACGAAGUACUUCGUAAGGUUGCAAGCUUGCAAUGUGGCAGGUUGUAGCGGCUAUGCGAGUGCCGCUACUUUGACACCAGCGGCGCCGCCCGCUGCUGUCACGAAUAUCAGAAGUGAAUCGACGCCCACGUCAAUUAUAUUAAAUUGGGCGCCACCCCUUGAUAAUGGAUCGCCCAUUCUCUACUAUAACAUCGAGUUCCUGGAUAGGAUUAUCCAAACAGACGGACCUAAGACCAGCCACGUUUUAGAAAACCUACAUCCAGACACCAUGUAUAAACUAAAGGUCCAAGCUGUUAACAACGUGGCACCUGGCGUUCUAUCGUCUACCGUGAGAACGUCUACAUUAAAACUGCCACCUGCAGCUCCGAAAUUGGAAUGCGUCGCGACUGGUCAUAAUUACCUCAAACUGAAAUGGGGCGAAGGCAAGAAUACGGAUUACACUCUCUACUGCAUUGAAAUGAUCAACCACCGAUCGAACGAAUAUCAGUGCGUCUACAAGGGCACAUCUUUGACCUGCAAAGUAAACAAACUCCACGAGUUGACGCCGUACAAAUUCAGAAUUAACGCCACAAACGAUGCCGGAGUAGGCCCCUUUUCAGACGAUGUAGAAUUUCAGACAACAAUUUCGCCGCCGGCCCUUUUAAAGAGUCCUAAAGUUGUCGAAGUCGAUCAGCAUUCCUGCGUGUUAGAAUGGACAGCCGCCAAGAACGUUUUUCCCGAUCAAGUUGAAUAUUGUAUACAAUUCGCAUCAGUUAAGGAACCAACGUUCGUGCAAGGGUACAGGGGAACGAAAACAAGUUGCAGUCUGGAAAACCUACAACCGGGUUGCGAAUAUCAAGCGAAAGUGUGUCCAAUCAGGCUGACGAACACGGGUGACGAACUACCCGGUCCGUAUUCGCCUGUGCUCAAUUUCUCCACGCUUGCUAACGAGGCGGAACCUUCGAAAGUGCCGACGCCUCUAACUCAGACUCCACAGCAUCAAAAUGUCAAACAGCGCACGCUAAUUCAGACGAUUCAACAAAGUAUAAAACACAAAAGUCUGACGGUACAACAGAAAGUGCUCGUCAUCUCGGUCAUGUUUACUGUUUUGGGGCUGGUCAUGUCGAUGAUCAUUCUGUGUGCAAUAGAUAUGUGAUGGGAUAUUGAAAAGAAGGUCUAAGCUCAAAUUAUAGGUAAACUUGGAUCUGGUUAAUUAUAAAGAAGACUGGUUGAGAAUUAAGUAUUAUCAAAAGGCUCUUCAUGUCCCGUUUUUCAAACAAGGGUCUAUUUGUCUGUUUAAAUGUGAACAAUUUUCUUAAAGAACUGUGUACAGUAUAAACUAAAUAGAAAAAAAAAAAUGUGUAAAAGUGUGCUUGUCGCAAAUUGACAAAAGUUUUGGUAAUUGUAAAUUUUUGACAAUUUCUUUUCCGGAAUUGUACUGUACCAUAGUUGAAACACAACUAAAAUUACUCUAUACGAAUGUGCUUAACGAUCCAGUUUAAAAUGAAAAAAUUGCUGGUAUUUAUCAAAUUAGUGUUUGUCUUAGAAUUAAUUAAACGGGACAUAAAACUAAUUACUUGUAAAUGUAUAUUAAAGUUUAGUGUAUAUUAUUAUACAGAGGACCAAAGCGGAUUAACUUUGGCAUUUUUUAUACACUUGUCUCCGUACUUUUUUGGUGAGGUGCUAUAUGAAAAUAAAAAUAAAUAAUGACCGCAAAAGUUAACAUACAUUCCUAAAAAGUUUUUGUGCUCUUAUCGAUUGAAACCAAGUUGAUUUUUAGCGAACACAAUAUACAUAUAUAUUUUAUACUUUAUUUUUAUUAUUCAAUUGCAUAUAUAUAUUUUUUAUAUUUAUAGUUGAUUUUAAGCGAUAGAGAGAGGAAAGAUGAAUGUUGUUAAAUUUUGCCAGUCAGUUCAUUAUAAAAUUUGUGAUGUAUUGAUUGGUUUUGCGAGAACCAAUCAAAUAAAAUAAAAUGAAUGGUUUGCUAUAUUAUAUUAUUAUUACUAUUAUUAUUAUCAUUAUCCAGUCGAAAAUAUAUCCAGUGGUUGGUGGUAUUAUUAAAGUACUAUUAUUAUAUAUAAUUAUUAUUACACAGAGAGCGAUAAUUAUCUGGUAAUUAAUUCAUACGAUCUUGUGAUAUUUUAAAAUUAUACAACUUAUUUGGAUUUAAUAAUUUGUAAAUUUUAUAAAGUAUUGUUUGUCUGCAUUUAAUUCAGCUCUCCGACUGGAAAUUUUUUAACUGCAUCUAUAAACAAAUUAUUUUAAUUGUAUAGGUUGAAACAGAUCAUUUAUUAUAAUAUAUAAAGAAAUUAAUGUUAUUCUAUUAUCUAAUCAUUAUUUUGGUGCGACGUUUAUCGUAAAUUAAUGAUAACAAAACUAUUGUAUUUCAAAUUAAACAAAUGUAAUGGGUUUGUAAUCGAUUUACGAUUCGUUUUGUCCACUGAAUUUAAUGUGCAUUGGCACACAGAGUAUAUAUUAUAGCUAAAUACUUAUAAAUAAAUUCAAUAUAUUUUAUGUACUAGUA